GGUGUGGCUUGGCCCGAGCGUGGACCGUCCUCCUAAAGUCCCCGUACUGUGAUAAAAAAGGGAGCGCCGGCUCCUGGACGCUUAGUUGAGGAAGACGACUCUCGCGGUCCAGGCCCUGGAGCUCAUCUUCUAUGGGGAAUAGGGAAAGAGAAUUACAGCGACUUGGAUGGUCAAAAUAAUGUACGUGGUUAGCCGGGUAUAGUGACGCACGCUUUUUAAAAUCCCAGCCCUCGAGAGGCAGAAACGGGCAAACCUAUCUAAAAACAAUCAAAAGACCAAAGCACCAAAAGAAUGUGGUUAUCAAAAGAAAAAGAAAACCGCAGAGUGUGUGAGGAAGGAUCGGAGAGAAGGAAGUGAAGAACAACCGUGAAAAAGCCACUCCCGCUGGAGAAGCAACGGAGGAGCGGCCAGCCGCGCCGUGUCUGAGACCCUUCUCCCGGAAGUUAUUAGACCUGAGGCGGAACCGGAAGACCCAGGUAGUGGUGCCACGUCUGUCGCUGUGCUGCGGACUCCCUGAGUGGGUCCCUGGAGGACGCGAUGGCGGAUUGGACUCGAGCUCAGAGCUCUGGUGCUGUGGAGGAGAUUCUAGACAGAGAGAACAAGCGGAUGGCUGACAGCCUGGCCUCCAAGGUUACCAGGCUUAAAUCGCUGGCUUUGGACAUCGAUAGAGACACAGAAGACCAGAACCGAUACCUAGAUGGCAUGGACUCAGAUUUCACAAGUGUGACCGGCCUACUCACAGGGAGUGUGAAACGCUUUUCCACGGUGGCACGGUCUGGGCGAGACAACCGGAAGCUUCUGUGUGGUAUGGCUGUGGUCUUAAUUGUGGCCUUCUUCAUCCUCUCCUACCUCUUGUCGAGGACAAGGACGUGAGCCAAUGGGAGCCAAGGGCAGUCAGGCUCUUGUACACCUGCUAUUCUGGUUUCCUAAGGACCUGACUACAAAAAAAAAAAAUAUUCCUUUGAAAUUAUCAUCAUGGGUCAUUCAUCAUCUUCCUAAGUCAGGACGACUGCAGCUGCGUCUGUCAUAACAAGCUCAUAUUGGCUUGUCCUGUGUAUGAAGGAAGAAUAAAAGGCAAAACCCAGUGUUACUCCCUGGUGCUAAAGACACUGGCAGAGCCAGAGCCAUGUUGUAUAAGAACGAACCAGGUCUAUGCAAAGCGUCUGUGAAUCCCGAAUGUACCCACUGUGGCCAGCAGCCACACUCAUCAGCAGCCAGUAUCUUAAGGGUCUUCUGUUUUGCCCUAACCUGUUUAUGCCUGAUUUAAGCCGUGUCUGUGUUCCUGAAGAGUCUGAAGCUGACACCAGAAGGGAAUAUGGCCCUGAGCCUUUUCCAAAUGAUGGUCAUCAGGAUCGGGCUGACAGUGACUCCAGGCUGAGGCUGCUGAUUGGGAGUGGACCUGUGCAGGCUGUACCCACCAGUUGCUGGCUCAAGUCAGACCCCAGGGAAGAGGCAAAGCUAUGGAGAGAGGAGUGGACUGCAGUCCAGAAGCACUGGACUAAGAUCCUUCUGGGCCACAAGACCAUGUGUCCAGGAGCACAGAUGUGUGUCCUUGGGAUGGAAAGUCUUCCCAUUGUCAAAGAUGUACCCAUCCCCAGACAAACAGACUGAGAAGAGUACAAGGUGGCUUUUCAGAACCAGGCAGUGCUGGAGUGGUCUCUCUGCUGGGGAUCUUGUGGGGCUGGAGACCACCUAUGAAAGCAUUUGUGUAGUGGGAACUUUUGCCUUGUACCGAACCUUGCCCUACACUGUAGAGCCAGUCUCCCUCGGUGUGAGAGAGAUUGAACCACCCCCUUGUUGUAUAACUCCACAGAUUUGCCUGCUCCACCAGCCCUCCCUGCUCCCUUGGCGAGCCCCAUUUGCACACAAACUGACCUGUGGGGCUGACAGGGCCAGCAAUUUAUGAGGACCUAGCACUUUUUGUCUUCACAUAAAAUAUCUUUAAGAAAUGA